GCAGCGGCUGCUGCGGCAAGCCUAUCAGCGCCCCUCACACCUGGAGUUUCUCGGAAGCAGCAGUCGUCGCUCUCUGCUAACGCAAGCCCACGCACAAACCAUCGACUCACCGAUGCCGUUUCUCCGGGGACCAGCAAUAUUACACGAGGUCUAAUAAAUCUACCUGGAGAGAACAUGUGUUUUCUGAAUGUUCUGGUUCAGAUUCUCUUCCAUCUAGACUCCUUUCGAGUGGGUCUGCAUUCCAUCACAAAUCACGUUUGCCCUUUUCCGGACAAGGAUUCUUGCGUGCUGAGCUCUCUUCAGUAUCAACACACAGGAAGAUUUCAACCCAAAGAUAUGGACGAUGCUGCCGAAACUUUCGAGGCAGUAUGUACAUGUAUUCACGCAUGCUUGACCGGAAACAUAGAUAAAGAUCAGCAGAUGUAUUGCGAGAACCCUUGCUUCGUGCAUGAUCUCUUCUCCGUAUCAGUCGAGGAAAAGCGGAAGUGUAAGUGCGGUGGCACAAAGACAUCCAGCAAGUAUGAGAAAUUAGUGAACUACAUAUCAACAACAGCCCUCGUACAAGUGGCCAAGGGAGUUAGAGCAAAUGGUGUUGCGAAUCCAUCAGACAUGAACAGAUUGGCAGAACAAUCGAAAGCAUUCUCAUCCAACCGAUUCUCGGCGAUUACAAUGGACGAUAUUAUCCCUAUGGAUCAGAUAGUGUCGGCCCUCGUCACCCCAGACCCAGUCAAAUGCGACAAGUGCAGCUUACAAGUGCCGGCCCAACUAUAUCAAAUAGGCACCGUCCCCACAUGUGUGGUGUUCGGCCUCAUAUGGGAGCGCAAUAUCGACUAUCACGACAUCACACGAGUGCUUGAGCAGGUGCAACCCAUCAUUGAUCUCAAUAAGCUAUACGGUCACGAACAAGGCAGGCAUGGCAGUACUCCGAUGUUAUGCCAUGCUAUGGUGUGCUACUACGGCCAACACUACGUCAGUUACUUCUACAGUACAAGCGAGUCCAAGUGGUUCCAAGUGGAUGAUGUGCGUAUCCGGGAAGUCGGCCCUUCAUGGUCAUACCUGCUAAGGGACUGUACGAAGGGCAAGUUCCAACCUGUGCUCACAUUCUAUCAGACAUGCAGCAGUGAGGAUGCAAAACAAGCAGGGGUCGAGUACAUGGCUGAUAUGGAAAAUUACUUUCAAUGGAAGGCGGAUGAAGCCGUGUUCGAGGAGUCGAGGGCGAUCGCACCCGUACAAGACUUGCCAAGCGCUGUGGAAAUGUCACAGCCCACUGAUGCCAACAUCACCGACCAACUGCAAAUAGAGGCCGAAAUGGCCGCGAGGGAGCUCAUGGAAAUGCAGGACCUGGCACUGGCACUGGAUAUGCAAGAGAGAGAGGAGACCCAAUCAAAUCCCCUUCCUACACAACGACGGAGUACUACUGACAGCACCAUAGUGUACUCUGGGACUCUCUUGGUCCACGCAAAGAGUGGGUUGAUUAAACGCGAUUGGAGGCGGCGGACUGUGAGUCUCCAAGACGGAAAUCUCGCCAUCAUCAAACCCGGGCAGG